UUCAAAAUGGCGACCAUCAACAGAGUCUUAGCUUUGAUGCCUUCGAAUUCAAGAACUUUCCUCAAGAUAACGCCAGGAGUCUAUGCUUCGUCAUGCAGUUGUUUCCUGUUAAGAAGAUCCUCUAGUUCUCUGUCAGCAGAUAAGAAAUCCCUCAUAGCCGAGGGACCAAGUCUGGGAGAAUUUAUAUCAGGAGAGGUUAUUCCACAGGAAAAUCCCUACAAGAGAAAGAAAGGACAACGACUACGUCUACCACCAUGGCUCAAAAGGGAAAUACCCACUGGUAAAAAUUACCAUAAACUCAAAGAAACACUUAGAGAGCUGAACUUAUCUACUGUGUGUGAAGAGGCUAAAUGCCCAAAUAUUGGUGAAUGCUGGGGUGGAGGAGAGAGUGAAACAGCUACUGCAACUAUUAUGAUACUUGGUGACCAGUGCACAAGAGGUUGUAGAUUCUGUUCUGUGAAAACCAACAAGAAACCUCCUCCGCCAGAUCCUAUGGAGCCUGCUAAUACAGCAGAGGCAAUCAGUCGCUGGGGUUUAGACUACAUAGUCAUCACCUCUGUAGACAGAGAUGAUUUGCCAGAUGGUGGAGCUGCCCAUUUUUCAGAGACAGUAACAGAAAUCAAGAAAAGAAAUCCAGGCAUACUUGUAGAAUGCUUGACCGGUGAUUUCCGAGGUGAUCUAAAAGGUGUAGAAGCUGUGGUAAAAUCAGGACUGGAUGUUUAUGCUCACAAUGUGGAGACAGUGGAUAGGCUACAGUUGCUUGUGCGUGACCCAAGAGCAAACUACAAACAGUCCCUUGAGGUACUAAGACAUGUUAAGAGAGUUGAGCCACGCAUGGUGACUAAAAGCUCCUUGAUGCUGGGUCUUGGUGAAACUGAUGAAGAGGUUAUACAAGCCUUGAAAGAUCUCCGUGAAGCUAAAGUAGAUUGCGUGACAUUAGGACAGUACAUGCAACCAACAAGGCUUCAUCUAAAGGUCACAGAGUACAUCACUCCUGAGAAGUUCAAGCAUUGGGAGUCGGUUGGUAAAGAGCUGGGGUUUGCGUACACUGCCAGUGGACCGCUUGUACGAUCCUCAUACAGAGCAGGUGAAUUCUUCCUGAGGAACUUGCUGAAAACUCGAAAAAGAAAUAACGAUAGCUAA